GGCUCGCUCCAGGUGAUGGGGGUCCCCUCAUUCCUAGCCCUCCCUGCUGCCAGGAGUGACCGAGCUGACUGUACACCCUGCCAUCUUUUGGGCCACACAUUACUGUGGACAGCUCUGCUAUUCCUGGCUCCUGUUGCUGGGAAACCUGCAGAUCUCCCGAAGGCUGUGCUGACCAUUCAGCCUGCGUGGGUCAGUGUGCUCAAGGAGGAUUACGUGACGCUGAUGUGUCAGGGGACCAACUUCUAUGAAAGCAACCACACCCAGUGGUUCCAUAAUGGGACCUUCAUUGCGAACCAGAACCAGCCCAGCUACAGCUUCAAGGCCGGCAGCAAGGACAGCGGGGACUACAGGUGCCAGAAAGAGCAGACCAGCCUCAGCGACCCUGUGCAUCUGGAUGUGAUUUCUGACUGGCUGCUGCUGCAGACCCCCAGCCUGGUGUUCCAGGAAGGCGAGACCAUCGUGCUGAGGUGCCACAGCUGGAGAAACAUCCCUCUGAAUAAGGUCACAUUCUUCCAGAAUGGAAAAUCCAAGAAGUUUUCCUACAUGAGUUCCAACUUCUCUAUCCCACAAGCAAACCUCAGUCACAGUGGCGAGUACCACUGCACAGGAUUUAUGGGGAAGACCCGGCACUCAUCGCAGCAUGUGACCAUCACUGUCCGAGGUGUCUAA